AUGACAGAGAUCCCCAGAGCAUGGAAAGUGUCUCCUGCUGUGUCUGAGCUGAGGCUGGUGCUGCUGGGGGGAAGUGCAGCUGGGAAGAGGGCAGCAGGAAACACCAUCCUGGGCACAGAGGAGUUUGAGAGGCAGGCCAGCACACACACAUCCAAUAAAAGCCAGCACAGUGCGAGCAGACAGUGGGACGUGGCUGGAAGACGGGUGACUGUGGUGGACACUCCAGACUGGUUCUGCAGUGGACUCUCUGAGAAGGACAUGAGACAGGACGUGGGUCUUUGUGUCCGUCUGUCAGCCCCAGGACCUCACGCCUUCCUCCUGGUGGUUCCAGUGAAGCCGUCUGAAGGGGAUGAAAGGAGGAUGCUGGAAAAAAUGGAGAACAUUUUUGGAGAGGGUUGUUGGAGACACACACUGAUCCUCUUUACCCAUUCUGAGGGGCUGGGAAAGAGGAGUGUGGAGGAGUUAUUCCGGGCAGGGAGCCAGGAGCUCCAGCAGCUGGUAGAGAAAUGUGGGAACAGGUGUCACCUCCUGAACACUAGAGGCAAGCCUCUACACAAAGAGAUCACACAGCUGCUGGAGGUGAUAGAGGAAAUGGUGUCAGGAAACAGUGAGACAUUUUACAGCAGUGAGACCUACCAGGAGGCAGAGAAGCAGGCCAGAGAGAUAGAGAGAAGAAUUCAGAGUGAACAGAAAACAGGCAAGAGAAGAGAGGGGGUAGGGGACUGUGAUAGACAUGUGCAGGAAUCUCUGGAGAAGUUGGAAGGAGAGAUACAGCAGCAUGAAGAAGAGAUGAGAAUGUUAGAUGAAUUAAGGUGGAGAGAGAUGAGCAAAAGAGGAAAGACCUGGAGAGGGAAUUAA